AUGGCUUCCCCCCAAGAGCACCACCUCUUCCACUCGUCAAUUGCCGACCACUCCUUUUCUGCCGACAAGCAGACGCUGGCUGUGGCUCGGGAGAACAAUGUGGAGCUCUACCGCAUGUCAGGCAACAAGUUCUCGCUGAGCGACGAACUCAAGGGCCACGAAAAGACCGUCACCGGUGUCGACAUUGCUCCCAACACUGGCCGCAUUGUGACCUGCUCGCAGGACCGCAACGCCUAUGUCUGGGAGCAGACUCCCGACGGCUGGAAGCCCACCCUGGUCCUCCUUCGAAUCAACCGCGCCGCCACUUUUGUGCGCUGGUCCCCCUCGGAGCAGAAGUUUGCCGUGGGCUCCGGAGCCCGCGUGAUUGCCGUCUGCUACUUCGAGGAGGAGAACGACUGGUGGAUCUCCAAGCACUUGAAGAAACCCAUCCGCAGCACCAUCACGACGCUCGCCUGGCACCCGAACUCUGUGCUCCUGGCCGCCGGGUCCACAGACUCGCACGCGAGAGUCUUCUCCAGCUUCAUCAAGGGCGUGGAUGCCCGCCCCGAGCCGAGCGCAUGGGGCGAGCGCCUCCCCUUCAACACGAUCUGUGGUGAAUACCUGAAUGACUCGGCCGGGUGGAUCCAGGGUGCCUGUUUUUCGCCAAGUGGAAAUGCGCUCGCCUUUACCGGGCAUGACAGCAGCGUCACGGUCGUGUACCCCAGCGCGCCGGAGCAGCCUCCCCGGGCGAUGCUCAACAUCUCCACCCGUCUCUUGCCUCUGAACAGCCUGAUCUGGAACGGCGAGAACGAGAUUAUUGCCGCCGGUCAUGUAAGUAUUUGGUUUGGUCAUUCCAUGCCAGAGUGCUAA